UUUUGCUAUAGCAGCUUAAAGUAAACAACACCCAAUAUUCCAAUUCAAAAAGAAUUUCAAAAGCUCAUAAUGGCAACCAUGAAAGACAUUUUGGGUGUAGAAGCUGCCCAGCUCUGCGAUAUCUCGCUAGACACCAUUCGUAGACCCAUUCAAAAAAAUGACCUUCAAAAUAAACACACGCAUAUUGUAUGCACUAUGGGUCCCGCCCUGGUGUCAUCCGACGCCAUAGUAGAACUCAUCGACGCUGGUAUGAAUAUUUGCCGCUUCAAUUUCUCACAUGGAGAUCAUGUAUCACAGAAACAAAUGCUUGACAAAGUUCGCGAAGCUAUGGCUAAACGCCCAAACGCCAACAUCGGCCUUUUGCUCGAUACGAAGGGACCGGAAAUCAGAACUGGCUUACUCAAGGAUCACAAAGCCAUUACACUUGUACAUGGUCAAAGCCUUAAGAUCACCACCGACUACACAAUUGAAGGUGACAACGAAUGCAUAUCAUGCUCUUACCCAAUGCUUACUACUUCGGUCAAGGUUGGUGGCAUUAUCCUCAUUGCUGAUGGAAGCUUAUCCUGUGAAGUCACUGAAGUCCACGACAAGCACAUUGUUGUGAAGGUACUUAACAAUGCAACCAUUGGUGAAAGGAAAAAUAUGAACCUUCCAGGCGUAAAGGUGGAACUUCCGGUCCUCGGAGAGAAAGAUAUCAACGACAUCGUCAACUUUGCCGUGCCACACAACUUCGACUUCAUUGCUCUCUCUUUCGCCCAAUCAGCUGAUGAUAUUAAACUGUGCAGGAAGGUACUCGGAGAAGCAGGCAAACACAUUAAGAUUAUCCCUAAGAUAGAAAACGUAGAAGGACUUAUUCACUUCGAUGCUAUCCUCGACGAGGCCGAUGGUGUCAUGGUUGCCAGAGGUGAUUUGGGUAUGGAAAUCCCACUUGAAAAGGUUUGCAUGGCCCAAAAGUAUAUGAUUAAGAAGUGUAACGAAAAGUCGAAGCCAGUCAUCACUGCAACGCAAAUGCUGGAAUCUAUGAUCAACAACCCAAGGCCAACCAGAGCUGAGUCAUGUGAUGUCGCCAACGCUGUAAUGGAUGGAACUGACUGUGUCAUGCUUUCGGGUGAAUCAGCUAACGGAAAAUAUCCAGCACUUUGUGUACAGCAUAUGGCGAAGCUAUGUUUCGAGGCCGAGAGCUGUUCCGCUUACCGUAAGCUAUUCGGCAAGGCCAUUGCCGAAACCAAAACUAAAGUGUCUGAUGAGGAGGCUCUCGCUCGCUCAGCAGCACUUCUGUCAAUGGAGCUCCAUGCUGCUGCCAUAGUCUGCGUAAGCGAUGACGACAAAAUUAUUCGUCACAUUUCCAAGUGCAGACCUGUUUGCCCAGUAUUUUCGUACUCGCCCGAACCACAUGUGGUUAAGUACAUGAGCGUAUGUCGCGGAGUAAGAGCCAAAUGUGCACCAAAAUUGUCUAACCAGGAAGCCGAUGUUGCCGCUGCUGUUGCUAGUGCCAAGGAAGCUGGCACUGUUAAUGCUGGUGAUAGCGUUGUUGUUGUCUACGCUGUUGGAGGUACCAUAUCUACUGGAAAUAACUCAAUCCGCGUUGUCAAGGCCUAAAUUUUAUUAGCCUUAUUCAAUUCAUAUCCACGUCUUCGUGAUUCCCCAUACACAGGACAAACUUUAAAAACCUUGAAAUAAUCAUCUAUCUUUUACACAUUU